AUGAUAAUUUUCUGACAUCUUUCAACGCCGGUUCUAAACAUUUCUGCGAGAUUUCGAGAUUUGUCAAUUUGUCGAUUUGUGCCUUGUGCUGCUUGCCCAUGUUUCUGCGUUCUGGGUUUUUUUCUUAUCCUUUUGUUGUAAACCGGUAGUUGAUGUAAAAAAAAAAUUGAUCUUACAAUGUGGCCGGCGGGAGCAUCCUUUGGACCACCUCAACCCUCUCGAUUCUAUCAAUCCACUAAUCAUUCUUCGACGUCGAAUUUCAACGAUUUUCGAAGUCCCCAUCCAGCAAGAAAUGAGAGACCAAGAGGAAAAAGGGGUAGAUUGCGGGCCAAGCAGUCUGAUUAUUCGUUUUAUAGCGACAGAGAAUCGUUUUCCGACAACUCCACCUCUAUGGUAACCAGAACAGUUGCCAGAGGAGCUCACAGAGGAACUAACAGAGCUAACGUAUUCAAUGUAGCUCUUCAAGAUAUACAGAGUCAGAAUACACCGGGCGCAAAUACAAAUAAUUAUGAUAGACAGCUUCAGAAUGCACAGGAUACGAAUAGAAAUAAUUAUGAGAGACAGCAUAUGAAGGCACAGGAUACGAAUAGAAAUAGUUAUGAGAGACAGCAUCAGAAUGAACAGAAUGCAACUAGAAAUAAUUAUGAGAGACAGCAUCAGAAUGAACAGAAUGCAACUAGAAAUCAAGAGAGACAGAACAGAUCUGAUCAUAGACGUAAUGGAAGAACUGAACCUAGGGCCUCUCGUGAUGACGAAAACAUACAUGCAAAGUUAUAUGUCUGUCCAAAAUGUGAUAAUAACUACUCCGUUAGAUCUGGUCAAAAGGGAAUCACUGGGAAAGUUCCUCUAAUACUAAACUGCAACCAUACAGUAUGUCAGGAGUGUAUAUAUAAAACUAUAAUCAACAGUAAAGUAACCUGCCCUGUAUGCAAUAAGCCUUCUACUUUGUCACAGGAACCACCCGAUAUAUCUCAGGUAGACCUUCAAACUGUGUUUUUACCAAAUUAUUAUAUUAUUGGUAUAAUGUCAUGUAAUAGACCUCAAAAUGGUAAUUUAAACAAUUUGGACAAUGUAAAAUUUGUAUCUACCACUACCGCAAAAAAAAAUAAGGCACCUGCACAACCAAUAGAGAGGUGUUCUUUUAACCAAUGUUCCAAGAAAGCAACUAUGUUUUGUCCAAGUUGUGAAGCCAUUUAUUGCAUUGAUUGUUGUACGGUAAUACAUAAAAGUAUCAACAAGUUGGUGAGUCAUGAACCAGUGCCUUACAAAAAGGCCAAAUUUACCCUGGUCUUGGAUAAAUGCAAGGAACACAAAGAGAUGAACGUAGAAUUCUACUGUAAAGACUGUGACAUUAAGGCUUGCUGUUAUUGUGUUUUAGACACACAUACCGACCAUGAAAGAGAGCCCCUUUCAAAGCUGAGUGACUUAGAAAUGAUAGAAUUUACAAGUUUGAAAAAAGAUGCUGAAAAGGUCUUGAAAGAGCUGUUGAUAUGUCAGAAGAAAGCAUCAAACCUAACAAGUUAUAGUACUGACACUGUCAGAAAGGAGAUUCGAGAUUAUUUUGCAGACUUACAUGCAACAAUAUCAUCAAUUGAAAACAAAUUACAUAAAGAAGUGGAAGAGUUUCAGGCAGCUAUUGGAAAUUUGAAUCCUAUUCAAGCAUCUUUGUGCCAGUCCAUUGAUAUGCUGAAGCAACUAGUUGCUAUUGACCACAAAACGUGUAAAGACGUAAAAAUGAAUCUAAAAGGCGCUUUAGAAAAACUAAGAGAUGUAUCCAACAUUCCUAGGUUUUUAUUAAAUGAAAAUGGCAAUUCCGACCCGAUUAGAUUUACAGUUGACUCCGGUAUAUUUGAUUCGUUAGAGUCGGCUUUUGACGUGGAAAAAUGUGAAAAUUCUCAAUACCGAUUAGUUACAGAAAACGAAUUGGAUGAUGACUAUGUUUUGGAAAAUGACCCUGAAAUUGAAACUGAGCUACAAGAAAUUAUUAACAAGUCUGAGCAAUUGGUUUUGAGUGAAGAAAAUAGCAGCCCUAGCACGUCGAGAAAACCAUCAAAAAAUCUUCAAAAAUAUACAAAACCCAAAGACCAAAAGUAUAAUUCAGGUAAUAUGGGGAAAAUAACUGUGCAACACAUUAAUUCAAUGGAAAGCUUCUAUAUUCAAUACAAAAAUGAUGAACCGAAAUUACAGCAACUAAAUUCUGACAUAGAGAACUAUAUCAAGAUGGGUGGAGCCGAGUCGGUUGAGGAAUUCCAACUCAAUCAACUGUAUCUAGCUUUAUAUAUAGCCGACUACCAAAAAGACAAAGACGUGAAAUGGUGUAGAGCUAGAUUAAUUGAUAUUAUAAAAGUUGAUGAGACAAACACAUAUGACAUGUUCUUUAUUGACUAUGGAAAGAGCCAGGUGGUCGAGGCGAAUAGAAUUAAAGACAUGCCUGCAUUUCUUGCUGCAAAGAGACCCUUCGCCAUUCAUUGUUCAUUGCAUAAUCCCUUAGGAGUAAAUUGGAAUAAAAAUUCCCAUUUUGCUUUGGCCAGGAUCUUAAAUGGGAAAGAUAUCUGUAUGGUUGUGAAGAAUGUCGAGAACGGUAUUCACGAUGUCGAUCUUAUGUUAGCAUCGUCAGAUGGCAAUGUCACUUCCGUCAUUGACAUUUUGGUACACGCCACUCACUCAGUUGCUCCAGCCAACGAUGAUAAUUCCAGCCUUGACGAAUUGCUACCCCCUAAAAAGGGUGCCUAUUUUCCGGAAUUAAAAGUUUUCCCAAACAGUGCCAAGUUUGUUAAGAAUCAAUCUGAAAAAGUGACUAUAGCCAAUAUUGUGGACCCCUACCACAUAUUUGUUCAUGUGGUUGCCUAUCAGGAAACAUUUAAAUCAACCCUUAAGUCCAUCAAGAAGGCGUACAGGCAGUCAAAGGCACAAGGAUGCGUUCCAAUUGAAGGAACGUACGUUAUGGUGGAACACAAAGACCCCGUCCGUUCCAACUACCACAGAGCCUUCAUCAAGAGCGCGGACCUCCUCAACGACAAGGUGUACGUCCAGCUGGUCGAUUGGGGCGUCAGCGUGGUGGUAGGAAGUGCUCAGAUCAAACCCCUGCCCCAAAACUUGACCCGGCUCGAGUGUCAGGCCGUUUUAAUUAAACUCACCGAUAUAGCACCGUACAACAAGCAAACCACAUGGAGUCCGGUGGCUAAUCGCGUGUUGGAGACCUAUUACCGGUCUCAGGAAGUCCUAAAGAUGAUCGUGCAUUAUGUAACGCCUGAAUUCGAAGUUGCACUGUUUGACAUUACGAGGAACGUCGAUGUGUGCCUAAAUGCCAUGAUGGUCGAGAAUAAUCUAGCGGAUUCUACCGGAUAUGUAUCUACCCAACUAGAAUGGUCUCCUUUGAAGCCAGAGAAUGUCAAAUAUUCUGAAGAAGAUGGUCUUCUGUCUUCUUUGCUGAAAAAAGUUGACUGUUCAGAUAAAGAAUCUGAAGGGUCUGAUGAUGAGGCAGAUAAUAGCAAUGUUACUCGCAGACCACUGGAUAUAAUCAAGGUGGAAAGUCCGGAGGCCAUAUUUGUCAAGUUUAUUGAAUUGAGAGAAAGGGACAGCAAUAUGUUCAAGGAGCUCCAAAUUCAUUACAGCGAGUCUCAGGAAAAAAAGGAUAAUUGGAACGUAGAGGAUCUUUGCGUAGCAGAAUUAGAAAAGGAGUUUUCUCGUGGAAAAAUCGUUGAGGAAAAGGACGGAGAAUUUUUGGUUAGCUUAUAUGAUAAAGGCACCGAGGUGAUGCUUCCAAGGGAAAAAUUGUAUGUAUACAGUACAUAUUUUAAUAAGUUCCCUCCAGUAGCGUUAAAAAGUCAUCUGUGUAAUGUCACUCCAGCUGGUGACACUGGAAAAUGGAGCAAUUCAUCUAUAGAAUCCUUGCAAGAAAUUCUGUCUAAACAUACACGAAUAUAUGGUACUAUACUUAAAGAGCAUUCCGACUGUUUUAACAAGAGUGUACCCAUGGAAUUAUGGUAUGGUGUUGUUGUUCGUGGAGGGCCCUUAGAUGCUGACAAGUUAAAAUAUGUGUCAAUUAACAAUAUCCUGGUCAAAUUGGGCUUUGCAUACAGAAAACAACCGAAACCAAUCAACAUGGCCAAAGACGGUGAAGGACUAUUAAAGAGUUUGAUGGUAACUGAGGAAAAAACCGAAAAAAUCGAAAGUAAUGAUGAUCCACCAUCAAUUUUUGAAGAUGCACCCAACGAAGAUAAGGCAACUAAAAGUUGGGUAGAUUUAGUUGAAAACGAGCUGGGAACCUUGGAUCGCAUUCAGGAAAAACAGACAAAUCAAGAAAUGCAACCUGAGAUUUCCCUUCAGAAAAUCGAAAACAUUACAGAUGACUGGUUACCGCCUUACAGAUUGGGCAAGAAAGAAUUUGAGGCGAGGGUAACUUGUGUCGAGACCGGCGGCCAUAUGUAUCUGCGCGAAGAUAGGCUAGAAAAAGUGUACCAGAAACUAGAAGAGAACAUGAAGCUUUACUUCGAGAGAAACCCGCCUACACUCAACAACGAUAAGUGGCAACCCGGCCAAUUGUGCACUAUCAAAUACACAGACGACAAUUGGUAUAGAGGUAAAGUUUUACGAGUGAAGAGUCCCAAAGAAAUCACAGUUUUUAUGAUUGAUUUCGGUAGCGACCACGAUUUGCCGCCGGAAGUUCUUUUUAGGGAACUCUUGUACACUGAGUACAGGUGUUUUGCUGUCAAAGUUAAAUUAGACAAGAUAUAUUCCAAACAACCGACGUGGCUUUCGUCCGAUUAUGACCAUUUCCAUGAGCUGGUCACAGACUGGUGUAGAAUUGUAGUUCAAGGUCCCCUAGAUGUAGAACUUCCACUAGUUGACGUAUACAAUUCGAACGAUGUCUACGUUAAUCAAAAAUUGGUGGAGAUAUGCCCUAAUUUGUCUAGGUGUUCAAAUUUUCCCACCGAAUUGUCGUCAACAGAGGAAGAAAGUAUUGUGAUUGAAAGUAUCGAGGUCAAUGAGGAUCCUGUAGUGGAUGAGGUAAUUCAAGAUAUGAUCCAGAGGGUUCUUGCAGAAUUUGAUGUUAUCGAUUACAUAGAUGACUAUGAAAAUUUGACAUAUAAGAUUCAACCUAUUCCCAAAGAACUGCUGGAAGGUAAAAAGUUGAUCAUGGAGAUCGGAGGAAUUUUAAAUUAUGAUAAGGUAGCCUUGAAGCUCCCUGGGGAAGAUGACAGCGCCGAAAUGUACGACUUAGCAAUAGAUUUACAAGAAUCCGUUUCCAAGAUGCCUCCUUUAAAAGAAUUUAAGGUAGGAACACCCUGCUUAGCACAGUUCUCCGAGGACAAAGUCUGGUAUCGCGCUGUCAUCUCGAACGCAGAUUUGCUAGAUUCUGGCUUUGUCAGCGUGUUUUAUGUCGAUUAUGGAAAUUCCGAGUCCACGUCGAUAAAGAAUUUGCGAAAAAUCAAACGGGACUUAUUGAACCUGCCUCAGCAAUGUUGGGAAGCUUUCUUAAACAUCAAGCUGGUCGAUGAAAGUCAGGUUAUGUCAGUAGAACAGGCUGUAAAUUCUUUGGAUAGAAAGAAAAGAUACGUGAAAUUGGUUAAAGAGAACCCUGUCACGGUAGACCUGUAUGACAAAAAUGAUGAACUUUGUUUUGAAAAUUUAAAGAAGAGCGGUAUUUUAAAUUCUAAGGAAUGAAUGUUUAAAAUUUGUUCAUGUUAAGAUAACAUUAAUUAAUUAUACUAAUUAAUGUCUUCUAUUAUAGGUUCACCAUUAGUUUUAAGGAAAUUUGUUUCAGUUGUUUAAAAACCUAUUAUUGGAUCGAAUAUUCAUUAUGUUAAUUUUGUAAAGUUUUUGUUUACAUAAUAAAAAGUUA